CAACAGUAUGUCCGUCCGACUGCUGCUGCUGCGCGCGCGCGUUCGCGAGCGCCUCAACCUCCCCCACUGAGUUGAGUUGACCCGAGACAGUUCUGUUUUGGGGGGGUUCUCCGCGGCGGUUAUGUUGUCCGCUGGUCGGAAAUUUCUUGAACAGGAGCUGGGCGAUGGCCUUUAUCCCGACCCCGUGCAUGCAUUUGUACACUUCCUCCGGGAAGUCCACCCUGGCGAGUGCACCAUUACCUGUGCCAUCUCACGGACCUCAUCCCGACGGUCCGUCGUCACGGUUGAGUUGAAACGUGCUGCUGCUGCUGCUGCUGCUGCUGCUGCUGCUACUGUGAAAAACCAGAGAGAAACCCCGAACACAGCAGCAUCACCAUCCCUUAUAACCACCACCCUCGGCGUUUUCACUUAUGCCGAUAUCUCCAAAGAACAAGGCCUCACCCAAGAACCCCAUCACCCGCCAACAAAAGCAGCAGCAGCAGCAGCAGCAAUUAGACCAUCAUUACCCAACCGACAAACAGAAUGCACCACCAUCGAUGACCCCGUGGUCGACGCCACCCCAGUAACCCGCAAAGUGCACUGGGUUGCACCCCGCUCCGCCAACGGGCUCUGGGGCCAUCGCCUCGGGGGACACAACCGCGAAGUAUGGCUCUCCUUCCGUGAUGGGACCAAAUUCUCCGACAUUCUGCAUCUAGCAUACCUCUCGGACCUGCCUCUCCAUCCCGCAGCAACCCAUACCCCCGACUUCUACGCCAAGCACGCCAUCUCCACCCUGUGUCUGUCGAUCGAGUUCAAGAGACGGCCCGAUCCGUCCACGGAAUGGGUUCUGACCCGCUCCACCUCGUAUCAGAUCGCGCGCGGUCGCUACGAUGUGAGCCUGCAGAUCUACGAUGAGUCCGGUGCCCUCCUUGCGUUGAGCCAGCAUGUGGUUUUCGUCACGGAUCUGAAACCCGGGAGGGCGGGGGGAAGGUUGUAAGGGUGUGAUGGCCGGGGCAGGGAUGGGACAAGGGGGCCUCGGGGUGGUGGUCGCUGGGUGUGUAGGUUGGAAGGUGGGUAAAUAUGGUCAGGUUGAUGUUAUCAUGAACUUCUGCUGGAUCAUGGUCCUUGAAGCAUGAGCAUGUUGCAAGGUAUUGCAAAUUCACUUGUCUUCUUGAUUUAUCAGAACGCAGCCGGCCAUGGAAGCAUGGUCAAUAACACCUGUCACUUUGAACCGGAUGAGCAGCAAAAGUAAACUGAAUGCAGAAUGUGAAAUGUAGAAAC